UCAAAAGGAAUUCAAAAAUAUUUUCAGGGAAGAAGAGAAGAAUGAAGAUUCAUCAUCCUUCAUAUUUAAUGGAGUUUUGAAUAGAUUAGGGUUUCUGUUUCAAAAUCAUUCAAAUUGCUUUCCUAAAUCUCAAUGAAGUAAAGCAUUAGUUGUAAUUCUCUCUCUCUCUCUCUUCAGAUUUGUCAGCUUUACCUUUCUUCUUAUUAGACGUGUCUAGUAAAGUAUCGAUUUGGUUAAUUUCUUCUCCUAAAUAGAAUCGACAGAUUAUGGCGGUUUCUUCGAUGAAUUUGUGAAUGUAACUAAGAGAUCAGACCUCGAUACUUGAAGACUAGUUUUGUUGUCCGAGAAAGUCGGUGAUUAUCUCGUCUUUUCAUUUUGAUUUUCGAACAAAGCGCUGCAUUUGAAGGUUUGGGAUCUGAAUUUAGGGUUUCUGGAUGCUUAUUUUGGGGGAGAAAUGUUCUUCACCGUAAAAUUACUCAAAGUUCUCGAGUGAUACAUUAGUGUACUUAAGGUGAUUGUGAUCUUUAUGAAAUUAAAAUGAUGCUCUCAGUAACUAAGAGUUCUCUUGAGGAAAUGCUGGAUGCUCUCCAGAGGAGGGGAGAUGACGAAAAGCCGAAGGAUUUGCCGCCGUCACUUCCCUCCCGGCCGUCAUCCAAGGCUCGUCGUCCAUCUUCCCGGCUGCAUUUACCGAAAAUUUUGGAUGUGAAUAAACUGAAUCAUUCUACAACGACGGCGGCGGUGAUAGAAUCUAAUAGACAGAGAAUUGGUAGUUUUGGUGGUAAGAAUGACAGAGAGUUAUUCGAUGAAUCACCGUAUGUUAAGGAGAUUGAUGACAAGACAGAACAGAGAAAUCAUUCAUCUUCUCCAGCAAGCUUUCAGGAAUCGGAGUGGAAUGACAAAAUUGGAUAUUUCAUUAAGAAGAAACUUCAUGUUUGGUGCCGGGUUCCAAACGGGCGGUGGGAAUUGGGGAAGAUAGUAUCAACCUCAGGGGAGAAGGCAACCAUUUUACUCUCAGAUGGGAUUGUUACUGCUGAGGUGUUAACAGGAGAUAUUUUACCUGCAAAUCCAGAUAUUCUCGAUGGUGUGGAUAAUCUUAUACAACUCAGUUACUUGAAUGAGCCAUCGGUUUUACACAACCUUCAGUGCAGAUACUCUAAAGAUAUCAUUUACAGCAAAGCCGGAUCUGUUUUGAUAGCGAUAAAUCCUUUCAAAGAUGUAAACUGCAAUGAAAAUGACUUCAUAACAGCAUACAGGGAGAAAUUCAUUGACAAUCCACAUGUUUAUGCUGUUGCAGAUACUGCAUACAAUGAAAUGAUGAGAGACGGGACAAAUCAAUCAAUUAUCAUCAGUGGGGAAAGUGGAUCUGGGAAAACCGAAACUGCAAAAGUGGCCAUGCAAUACUUGGCCGCUGUUGGCGGUGGCAAUAGUAGAAUUGAAUCUGAAAUCCUUUCGACAAGCUGUAUUUUAGAAGCAUUUGGGAAUGCAAAAACUGCCAGGAACAACAAUUCUAGCAGAUUUGGGAAGUUAAUUGAAAUUCAUUUUGGCGUUACAGGAGAAAUAUGUGGAGCACAAAUACAAACUUUUUUGCUCGAGAAGUCAAGGGUGGUUCAGCUAGCCCACGAAGAAAGGUCAUACCACAUCUUCUACCAACUCUGCGCCGGCGCUUCUUCUGACCUGAAAGCUCAAUUCAACCUCAAAACAGCGAGCGAGUACAAUUAUCUGAAUCAGAGUCAAUGCCUGAACAUCGAUGGCAUUGACGAUGCACAGAAUUUUAAAAUACUUGUGGAAGCACUCGAUACAGUCAGAAUUUCAAAAGAAGAUCAAAGUAAUGUCUUGCAAAUGAUUGCUUCAGUAUUGUGGCUGGGAAACAUAUCAUUUAAAGUAACAGACAAUGUAAAUUACGUGGAGGUUGUGUCAGAUGAAGCUCUUACCGUUUCUGCUAGAUUGCUGGGUUGCAGCACCGAGGACCUUAUGUCAGCUUUAUCUACACGAAGAAUUCAAGCCGGGAAGGACAUUUUUGCCAAAAAUUUGACAAUGCAGCAGGCAAUUGACUCAAGAGAUGCUUUGUCAAAAUUCAUAUAUGUAAGCUUGUUCGACCGGCUGGUUGAAGGAAUUAACGAGUCACUCAAAUUGAGAAAAGAAUAUGCAGGGACAUCAUCCAUAAGUAUCGUUGAUAUAUAUGGCUUUGAGACGCUCAAGAAGAAUAGCUUCGAACAAUUGUGUAUAAACUAUGCAAAUGAGAGACUUCAGCAACAUUUCACGAGGCAUCUGUUUAAACUAGAACAGGAGGAGUAUGAAUCGGAAGGAAUUGACUGGACAAAAGUGGAUUUUAAAGACAAUCAAGAAUGUUUGGAUCUCUUUGAGAAGAAACCCACUGGUCUGUUGUCUUUGUUAGAUGAGGAAUCGAAAUUUCCCAAAGCUAAUGAUCUAACAUUUGCCAACAAGUUGAAGCAACACUUAAACAACAACAAUCAUCACUUCAAAGGCGAAACAGGGGGUUCUUUCGUCAUUCGCCAUUAUGCUGGAGAGGUUCUAUAUGACACAAGUGGAUUCUUGGAGAAAAAUAGAGAUCAGAUGCAGUCUGAUAUCCUACAACUACUCUCAUCAUGUGGUAAUCGCCUUCUUCGAUUGUUUGCUUUUGAUCAGGAAAAGCCAAGUGUUGGAACGGAAUUUAAGAAUCAGUUAUUCAAAUUAGUGCAGAAAUUAGAGAGCACCACCCCUCACUUUAUUCUUUGCAUAAAGCCCAACAAUAAGCAGCUAUCUGGAAUGUAUGAGAAGGAUCUGGUCUUAGAGCAACUUAGAAGUGGUGGAGUUCUCUCUGUCGUCCGCAUCUCUAGAAAUCGAUAUCCUACUCGAGUGACGCAUCAAGAAUUUGCGAGAAGAUAUGCUGUCUUACUUCGUCCUGAGGAUGACAGCAACAAUGCUGGUGAAGAUCCAUUGUGCAUCUCAAUGGCUGUUCUUCAGCAAUUUGACAUCAUGCCUGAUAUGUAUCAAGUUGGUUAUACAAAGCUAUAUUUCAGAACAGGACAGAUAUCAGCAUUAGAGGAAACAAAGAAACAAGUAUUGCAAGGUAACCUGAAGACGCAAAAUCAAUUCCGCGAUCAUCAGGUUGUUCAUCACUUCAGUGAACUAAAAAAUGGAGUAAUAACAUUGCAAUCCUUUAUUCGUGGUGAAAAUGCUCGAAAGACACUUCAGGAUAAGAUCUCUGCGGUUAUUCUCUUACAAUCUGUUAUUCGUGGCUGGCUGAAUAAGCAAAAGAACAGGAGGAAGACUCCUGAGAUUAAGGAGGAAACACUAGAGCUUAUUCAUGUGCAGCCUUCUGUUUUAGAAGAACUGAAAAAACGGGUUUCAGAGGCAGAAGCUACUAUUUCACAAAAAGAGAAGGAAAACGAAGAAUUAAAGAAGGAUUUGCGACAAUCUGAAUCCAAGCGGUUAGAUUAUGAAGCAAGAAUGAAGAUGAUGGAAGAAACCUGGCAAAAUAAGUUUGCCACAUUGCAGCAGCAGACGAAUCAAGUUAGGAGAGACUAUUCUCCAUCACCCUAUGAUUCCGAGGAUGCUUUAUCAAUGGGGCCGAGUACACCAUUACAGAGUACUCCAACGAGGAUUUUGAAUACUUCUGGGCGAGAACCGUCAGAGCGAGAGCCAAAUGGUGGCAUGAACUUGAUUAGUCACUUGGAAAUGGAAUUUGAUCAACGCAAAAGGAACUUUGAUGAUGAAGUGAAGGAAAUAGGCAAUUCUGUUUUAUCGUUGCGUCCUGGAGAUGAACUUCGGAAACUGAAAAUGAGGUUUGAAAUGUGGAAGAAGGAUUAUAAAACUCGGUUAAGAGAAGCGAGAGCAAAACUUCGCUCGAAUGGCGAAAGAAGUCGCAGGAAAUGGUGGGGAAUGAGAAACAAAUGAUUUCAUUUGGCUCUUUGAAUUUCUAUGGAGUUUUGUAACUUAUUAUGUUGUUUGUUGUAGUAAAGCAAGCACCCUGUAAAUGAAUUCUGAAUUAUUACUUAGCUGGGUGAGAUCAGAAUUAGCAACAUAUAUAUAUACAAUAUUUCUUUCAACAUAGAUAGAGAUUACUUAUGAACCAGGAGCAAAUUUGGUGGCGUAAACCCAAGCAUUGUUCGCAACUGGAUUAUCAAGAUGGUCCAA